AUGGACAUCUUCCGAAUCCGCCUCAACUGCGUGGAUCACUACCAAGCUGUCCCAGCUGACGGGUUGGAUCCUCCUGUACCUCUCGGCACUGGCAGUGAGAAUCGCAAUGACAGACCUCGAGUUUCAGUCAUUCGCGUCUUUGGAGCAACUCCGACCGGGCAAAAGGUGUUGAUGCACGUCCAUGGCGCGCUUCAAUAUACCUAUAUCGAGUACAGCGGCAGUCUAGCUCCAGAGGAUGUUAAUGUGGCCAUUCGUACCCUGCACCUCGCCAUCGAUCACGCUUUGGCGGUGAGCUACCGCAAGAACAUUUACGAAGGAAAGCAUCGAUAUGUUGCCCACAUCUCUUUGGUCAAGGGCAUUCCGUUCUAUGGCUUUCAUGUCGGAUACAAGUUCUACCUCAAGAUUUAUCUGCUGAAUCCGCUGCAUAUGACGAGGUUGGCCGAUUUGUUGCGGGAGGGAGCAGUCAUGAAAAGAGUGUUGCAGCCAUACGAAAGUCACAUGCAAUAUCUGGCGCAAUGGAUGUGCGACUACAAUCUUUAUGGGUGUGGCUAUAUCGACUGCCGGAAAGUCAAGUUUCGUGCACCCGUUCCAAAAUAUGCCGAUUUGACAAAUCCAAUGCAACAAUGGCACGAUCUUUCAAUUCCUUUCGUGGACAUUUCCGAUGAUACCCAACUACCUAAACAGAGCCACUGUACGCUCGAGGUGGAUGUGCACGUCAAGGAUAUUUUGAACCGCAGAGACGUCCACGCUCGAACCUUACACCAUGACUUUAUCGAGCGCAUUCAUCCUAUCCCAGCAGAUGCCAAACUGGUUCAGAGCAUGGCUGGGCUUUGGAGGGAUGAAACUCGACGCAGAAAGAUUAGAAUGGGACUCAAGGACCCGAAUAGCAGCCCCUUCCCUCCUGAGGUUCUAAUAUCCAUGUCAGCGGAUCCAAGGAACACAGCUGCUGGGGGCUGGAUCCAUGAACAUGAAUACCGUCAGAAGGUGGCCCAGCUCGCAGCCGAGGAGUCUGAAAAGGGCGAUAAGCGAAAAGUCUCUUUCAACACCUUUGUAAAACACGGAUCUCUCGAAGGCACUGUUCGCACAGCACUGGAGAGUAUUGACGACUUGUAUCCAGACAGAAUCCGCAAUCUCCAGUCAACAAUUCCGAGUGACGGUCUCAAUGGCGACAACGCUGCGCAAGACAGGCAUAGCCAGGUUGUUACUGAUCAGUCUCGAUCGGCAAAGUUUGGGGAUGGCUCAGGCCUAAGCUUGGAUGGAGACGAGUCACAGGAAGGAUCAUCUGACCGGUCACAACAAACAAACAGCCAUAGCGACGGUAAUGCCAAAGCUGCCGACAGGCCAGUCUCAUCUCCUAUCAGCUCGUCCGAGUACGAGCAAUUCGGUAUUCGUCCUGCGGGUGACAGGGAACACUUUGAUGAGGAUGCAUUUGAAGUACCAGAACAAUAUUUGAAUGGUCAUGCUGAAGUCACAAAUCGCACCAAGAGAGCACGGUUUGGAGAGGCGCCAACAUUCGAACCCAGGAAAAGACAGAAGCAUUUGAUUGAUUGCGGGAAUAUUCUACCCGACGUCGACUUCUGGGCCUCGGAUGAGGACUCUGAUUUAUCUAAUGAAAAUGACGAGCUCGGAUCAGGUGCGGAACCAACAGAGGAAGAGAUGCGUACUAUCCUAUUACCUCAGCCUGCCGUCGAUCGUCUUUCAGUUAUGGACCGACAGAAAAAAUCAAAGGCCGCAUCUGUGGAUGUACCAAUAUCUCCAAUUCUCUCGCAACAAUCAACCUUAUCCUUCCCCACGGUAAAGGAUCCCGCUGAUCCUGCUACCGUGCUCCGACUAAGCCAGAAAAGUGGUGCUUCGCAGAACGUGCCAAAGGGCUCGACUGUUGAGCCUCUAAUUUCUCCUGCGAUGCUCAAGACCCCUGCAAAGUCUGUAUCUACUGCGUCCGGACAUAUCCAAAUGCCUCUUACCAUAGGUCCGAGUACUAGGUCAUCCAAUUUUCUCGAUUUCAGCCUCAAAGGUCUCCCAAAGAUGCAGGAAAAGAGAAGUUUGCAAUUAUAUCAGCCUCGCCCACCAACUUUCAAACAGGUCGAAUCGACCAUGUACCAGAACGGUCUACCGGACGUGAUCUACCAAGAAGCAUAUUAUAGCAAUGAGGAAGAUGUCCCUAACCAGGUUAGAGCAUACGCCGGUCGCGAGUUCAAGCUUGAAAGUGCAACGGUGCCCUAUUUACCUGACUUUGAUGCCUCCGGAACGUCCUUAGCAACAUUCGGCCGAAAGCCUCCCUCACUACUAGAUUUUACAGCGGAACAGGUUCGCGAUAAUCAAAGACGCAAACGUUGCACUAUUUCUGAGUGGGUCAUAGCUGCCGCUCCUCCUCGAAAAGUUGAUGUACUCUCCUGGUUGCAAGAAGAAAACGAGGCAAAAGUUGAGGUGAAUGAACCUGGCAAAAUCGGGGCGCGAGGCAGGGCCCUUUCGCAGAUUGAUGGCCCGACGCAGAAGAACGAGUACGGCUUCAAAUACUCUCAAAAGCAGCCCAGCACCAGCGUACAACAUGAAACUCAGUAUAUGAAUGUGAUGAGCUUGGAAGUCCAUGUUAACACUCGAGGUUCUCUUGCUCCAAACCCUGAUGAAGAUGCCAUUGCGUGCAUAUUCUGGUGUGCACAGACUGACUAUGAGGGUGAUGACACCAAUGUAAGCAAGAACGGGUUGCAUGUGGGAAUUCUUGCUGUUGCCGGUGAUGAGCAGACAGCCAAAAGGAUUGCUCGUAAUGUCCCGUAUCAUGUUGAAGAAGAAGCUACCGAACUUGACGUUCUCACGAGAUUUGUCGACAUUGUGAGGUACUAUGAUCCUGAUGUUCUGACCGGCUACGAAGUGCACAAUAGCUCGUGGGGUUACCUCAUUGAAAGAGCACGGAUCAAGUAUGACCUCAACUAUUGUGAUGAGCUGUCCAGAAUGAAGUCUCAAUCUCACGGGAGAUUUGGAAAGGAAGAUGACCGCUGGGGCUUCAACCACACCUCGACAGUUCGCGUCACCGGUCGGCAUACCAUCAAUAUCUGGAGGGCCAUGCGUGGCGAACUGAACCUGCUUGGCUACACUAUGGAAAACGUUGUCUAUCACUUGCUACAUCAAAGAAUACCUCAUUACAGCUUUGCCGACCUGACGAGAUGGUAUCAAAGCAGGAAUCCUCACGAUCAGGCAAAAGUCAUCGAGUAUUUCUCUUCGAGAGUACAGAUCGACAUUGAAAUUCUCGAAGCUAAUGAGCUGAUCUCACGAACAAGUGAACAAGCCCGGUUGUUGGGUGUUGACUGGUUCUCGGUCAUAUCGCGAGGUUCACAAUUCAAGGUAGAGUCCUUGAUGUUUCGCAUAGCAAAGCCGGAGAACUUUAUGCUGGUAUCGCCCAGUCGCAGACAAGUCGGGGGUCAGAAUGCGUUAGAAUGCUUGCCACUGGUAAUGGAGCCCCAAAGCGACUUCUAUACUAGCCCAUUACUGGUGCUCGACUUUCAGUCCCUUUAUCCCAGCGUCAUGAUAGCCUACAAUUAUUGCUACUCAACUUUCCUUGGGCGAGUCGUCAGCUGGCGAGGUGCCAACAAAAUGGGCUUCACAAACUAUCAUCGGGAACCCAGAUUGUUAGAGCUGCUCAAGGAUUACAUCAACAUUGCGCCGAAUGGGAUCAUGUACGCCAAGCCUGAGAUCCGAAAGUCCCUGCUGGCAAAAAUGCUGAGCGAGAUCCUCGAGACAAGAGUCAUGGUCAAGAGUGGCAUGAAGGUGGAUACGGACGACAAGAUGUUGCAGAGGCUGUUGAAUAACAGACAACUUGCCCUCAAGCUUAUAGCUAAUGUCACAUACGGCUAUACAUCAGCGUCAUUCUCCGGAAGAAUGCCAUGCUCUGAGAUCGCGGACAGCAUCGUACAGACGGGUCGUGAAACUCUCGAAAAGGCCAUUGCCCUGAUCCACUCGGUUGAGCGAUGGGGCGCGGAAGUGGUAUAUGGCGAUACCGACAGCCUCUUUGUCUACCUCAAAGGUCGGACAAGAGAGCAAGCAUUCGACAUAGGCGAAGAGAUUGCCGACACGAUUACGAAGAUGAAUCCUAGACCGGUCAAGUUGAAGUUCGAGAAGGUCUAUCAUCCAUGUGUUUUGCUUGCGAAGAAAAGAUAUGUCGGGUUCAAGUACGAAAGCCGAAAGCAGACUGUACCGGACUUUGACGCCAAAGGAAUCGAGACUGUCCGCCGAGACGGCACUCCAGCCGAACAGAAGAUUGAGGAGACCGCAUUGAAACUGCUAUUCCGUACCUCUGACCUAAGUCAAGUCAAGGCUUUCUUCCAGGCUCAAUGUGCCAAAAUCAUGCAAGGCAGGGUCUCGAUCCAGGAUUUCUGCUUUGCUAGAGAAGUCAAGCUCGGGACUUACAGUGACAAAAAACCGCCACCUCCUGGUGCACUUAUUAGCGCUCGAAAAAUGAUGGAGGAUCCAAGACUUGAGCCUCAAUACGGAGAACGAGUACCUUAUGUGGUUGUCACCGGCGGACCAGGUGCGAGGUUGAUCGACCGUUGCGUGGCGCCAGAUGUCUUGCUCAAUGACGCGCACUCGGAGCUCGAUGCGGAAUACUACAUUUCAAAGAACAUCAUCCCACCUCUUGAACGUAUCUUCAACCUGGUGGGAGCCAAUGUCCGUCAAUGGUAUGACGAAAUGCCGAAAUACCAACGUAUCAGGAGAGUGGACGCUGGGCUCGGUACAGAUGGAAAGAACGGAACGAGGUCCCAAAAGACUCUGGAGUCAUACAUGAAAUCAUCGACUUGUCUUGUCUGUCGCGAACGAUUAGACACUCCGGCCCCGUUGUGCGAUACUUGCUCUCAGCAACCUUGGCAGAGUAUGCUAGAACUACGGUCGAGGCUCAUGAAAGCGGAGAGAAAAGCGGCGCAACUCGCAAAGGUCUGUCGCUCUUGCUCGGGAUUUGGGUGGCAUGAAGAAAUACGGUGUGAUAGCAAGGAUUGCCCUGUUUUCUACUCACGAACAAGACAGAGGGCCGCUCUUGCGAAUGACGAGGCCCAGAUUCUGCCAGUUUUGGAAACAUUGGAGAAUGUUAAGGAUGAAGGGAUAGAUUGGUGA